AUGAAAACAGUUUGCAAAUUAAGAAAUAUCCAUGGUUUCUCCCAAACAGGACCUUUCAACCCUAUGACCAUCUUAAAUGGUGCUGUCUCAAAUAUUGUUGCCUGUUUGACAUUUGGACAACGCUUUGACUAUCAUGAUGAAUAUUAUCAAAGAAUCUUGCGUCUUGACAAUGAAUGUGUUCAAUUAGCAGGCUCUCCUAGAGCACAGCUAUAUAAUGUCUGUCCUUGGCUCCUGGAAUACUUACCUGGCCCCCAUCAGACUAUGUUUUCAAACUAUAAGCAAAUAACAGACUUCCUGAGAGGAGAGAUCAUUAAACACAAAGAGAACUGGGACCCUUCAAACCCACGUGACUUUAUAGACAACUACCUGACUGAGAUGGAAAAGAAAAGGAGUGACCCUGAGGCUGGUUUUAACAUAGAAGGGUUAGUGAUAUCUUGCUUAGACAUGAUUGAGGCCGGGACAGAGACCUCUGCUUCUACAUUACGCUGGGGUCUGCUUUUUAUGAUCAAAUAUCCAGAAAUACAGAAAAAGGUGCAGGCAGAGAUAGACAGGGUUAUUGGACAGUCACGUCAACCCUGUUUGGCUGACAGAGUUGAUAUGCCCUACACUGAGGCUGUUAUC